AUGAUUAUCCUCUGCUGGAAUUGCCAAAAGCUUGGGAAACCUGGGGCAGUUCAGUCCUUGCAUCAUUUGGACAAGGGUCUCUUCUUGCUUUGGAAAGUUGAGUUAGACCUCCACAUACACGAUCAUUCUCAUCCCAUUGUAUUGACUCUAAGGUGGGCGAUUCGGGUGAUCAAUUUCAUUGGAGGUUGA